AUGUUCAAAAACAGGAAAACGAAAAAGGGGAAGGCAGACGAGGUGCUUGAAUAUGAGGGAGCGACGUCACUUGAGUCUAACCCCGUGGAAGAUUACGAUGACCGUGAGGACUCGAAGGACCAGGACUCUCCUACUGCGGGAAGACACGGCAAUCCAGGCCCUAUGAGCCUCAGAGAGAUCGACGACGCAGGCUACAAUAUCCCCCUUCCGCCAGAGCCGGACCACGUUGAUCCGUCCAUCAAGAAAAUGAAAAAGGGACUCGCUAAGAUGUCGGAAAAGGAGCUCUUCAACCUCUUUCACGCAUUCCAGCCUGUUGAGCUGAGCCUCGAGACUAUAUACGUUCCCUUUCUUCCAGACUAUACUCCGUCCAUCGGUGACGUGGAUCCAUUUAUCAAGGUGCCCCGGCCCGACAACAAGGUAGAGGCACUGGGGCUUGUUGUCUUGGAUGACCCAUGCAUCAAUCAGUCAGAUCCAACAGUCUUAGGGCUUCAAUUGAAAGACACGACCAAGGCGGUUAAUCUGGACCUAGAGGUUGAUCUAGGAGCUAGCGGAGGAGACACAAACAAUGAUCUCCAUGUGCGCAAGGAUGUGAUCAAAAUGGUUCCUUCUGCAGACGACCCAGUCAAACAAGUUACUAACACAAAACAAAAUGUUAAUUCAUGGAUCCAAAAGAUAGACGAGCUGCACGACAAAAUAGGCCACAACGCUGAAUAUGCAUAUUCCCUGCCUAUCCCGGACACAAUAAUGAACCUUUGGGAGCCCCAAUUCAUUGAGUUGCUAGAGAAAGUGGACCUACCAACUGCCAACAUAGAGCUAUCUACAGAAGAGUACGCCCGGUUGGUGUGCGCGCUUCUCGAUAUACCCGUGGGGGAGAGUCUCAUCGAGUCUCUUCACAUGCUGUUUAUAAAUUAUCUGGACGUUCAAGAUAAUUUGAAGUUAGCACAGCACGGUAUCCUAUAA